GAACGAACGAAGCGACUUAACUGAAUAACUGAAUUCCAGAGGUCGUUGGGCCGCUCGCCGAACGAUCGUAGAAAUUAAAUCAAAAUAGACUUUUUUCCUCGGAUGCGAAUAACGUUGACAUUUAUUUAGAGCGUGAGAAAGCUCAAAUUCGGGAACUUUGAGAAUUUUAAAUCGGCGAACCGCAUCGGCCAAUCGCAGCCGAGAGUCAUUGAAGUUGCGCCUGGAAAGAUAUGGCGCUUGAAAAUCGCUGGUAGUCGCGACUCUACAAGUUCAGGUGUUUCCAGACUGCUGUGCGGGCAAACGUGAUACGAACAAUUCAUCGUUACCCUGGGAUAAAGGGAGGCGAUAUUCACGAUGCAUGGUCGAGUGAAGGUACGUACUACGGCAGAGCAAGAGGAAAUACAGAGGAAUGAAAAAGCUGCUAAAGUUGCUCAAUAUAAAACUAACAUUGCCAUAGUAUUUCAAAAGAGGAGGGAUGAACUUUGGGACGAUGAAUUGCUGUCAAUUACCAAGCACAUGCUGUUGAGCAACCCUGAUAUUUACACAUUGUGGAACAUUCGUCGCGAAGCCUUCGGAAAGAACAAAUGGAGCGAAGAGGAGUACAAGCAACUGCUCGAAGAUGAGAUGAGUCUGACCGAGAGCUGUCUCAGGGCGAAUCCCAAGUCGUACAGUGUGUGGUAUCAAAGAUGUUGGGUGAUAGAACAGAGCCUUGAGCCUAACUGGAAAAAAGAAUUGGCGCUGUGUGCGAAAUGCCUAAAUCUGGACGAGAGGAAUUUUCACUGCUGGGAUUACAGGGAGUUCAUCGUGCAGAAAGCAGGGAUCUCGAACGAGGAGGAACUCGAGUUCUCCAACACGAAGAUACUGAAUAACAUCUCAAAUUAUUCGUCUUGGCACUACAGAAGUCAGAUAUUAUUCAAAAUGUUCGGCACCGCGUCGGAGGAGAUGCCGAUCGUCGACGAGAAGUACCGAGAGGAGCUCGACCUGAUCAUAAACGCGACAUUUACUGAUCCCAACGACACUAGCGCAUGGUUCUACCAAAGAUGGCUCCUGGAUAAACACGUGACUGCCUGUCGGCUGUGGCGCGCUUACGUUAAUGACGACACCGCUGUCGUUGUUCUCGACAACAAUGUGCUCAUCAAGCCGGUCUCGCUGUCGUUGCUUGUUAACGGCGAGACCGUCGAUGUCCAGUGGCAAUUGUACCCGGACGAGAAGUUCGCCAAAUUACGAAUCGCCAAGUUCGCUGGUCCGUUGCUGGAGGACUCGAGUCGUGUUAAAGAAAUUUCUAUAGAACUGCAAAAGACGAGGUAUCAACUGUGCUACUCGAAGUCGGAACGAGUCUGGAUUUACAAGGACAAUUCGAGGCUGCGUAAACACGAUAGCAACGACGAACAACUGAACGAACAGUUGAAGAACUACAACCAGCUGUCCGAGAUGGAGCCGGACAACAAGUGGGCUCUGUUGACAGAGAUACUUCUUAUGAAGAAGAUCGAUAUUUCCAAGUUUUACAGCGAUAUUUUAAAUAAGCUGGUGACGCUGUCGAAAGUAGACUCCUUCCGCUCGAGUUAUUACAAAGAUUUGCGAAGCAGACUCUUGGUGGAGCACAAACUGAACGAAAUCUGGAAGCAGGAAGGCGACUCGGAGGUACAGUUGAAAGUGGACUUGUCGGGAUUGGGCCUGACGAGUCUACACAAUAAUCACUACUUCGGCCUCUUCGAAGAAGUGAAUCUCGGUGCCAAUCAUUUGAAGGACCGCCUGUAUCAGUUCUCCACGUUGCAACGGUGCACGAAACUGUCACUGUCCGGCAACGACAUCACGUCGUUGAGACGUUUUCCCACAGCACGCAGUCUCGAAUUUCUCUCCGUGAGGAACAACAAGCUGACGUGCACGGAGGAGAUACUGGACUUCGUGAGGCGGCACGAGAAACUGAAGAGGCUGGACUUGCGGGACAAUCCACUGUGCGAGGUAAUCGACACUACAAAGAUUCGCGAGGUGAACCCUCGCUUGGAGGUAUGCUUGAAAUAACGUUUACUAUGUAAUUAUCGAAAUUUGAUAUGUUCUAUAUUAAAAUGUAUUUAAUAGUAACUCUCCUUGCGCGGUUUGUCAUAACGGUUAUAUAUAUUACGGUAUAUCCUACCAUUUUCUUGUUCCGAACCAUCAGCGACCAUCAAAUGAAAAAGAAACUCGA